CUACGCUAGCGUAGCUCCAACCGCCUGCCACCCCCCUCCUCCUCUCUCUGAUCUCGUCGGUGUAGCUCUGUGCUGCGACCACUCAGUCCGUGUUACUGUCGCAGCUUCAGUUGCUGUCAACUGGUCUUUUGGAUAUUUGGUCUUAAGGAGGAAACAAUGGGUGCAUUUCUGGACAAACCAAAGAUGGAAAAAUACAAUUCCCGUGGUGAGGGUAACCACCUGAGGUAUGGGCUGAGCAGCAUGCAGGGCUGGCGGGUAGAGAUGGAAGAUGCACACACAGCAGUAAUUGGUCUGCCUCAUGGUCUUGACCCCUGGUCAUUCUUUGCUGUUUAUGAUGGGCAUGCUGGCUCUCAGGUGGCCAAGUACUGCUGUGAGCACCUGCUGGAGCACAUCACCAGCAACUCAGACUUCCAGACUGCUCUGCAGGAAGACGCCUCUGUGGAAAGCGUGAAGAAUGGGAUCCGCACUGGAUUCUUGCAGAUCGAUGAACACAUGCGAACCAUCUCCGAGAAGAAGCACGGUGUGGACCGCAGUGGCUCCACUGCAGUGGGAGUGAUGAUUUCUCCGAGCCAUAUCUACUUUAUCAACUGUGGCGAUUCACGGGGACUCCUCAGCCGGGGCGGAGCUGUGCACUUCUUCACACAAGAUCACAAACCCAGUAACCCUCUGGAGAAGGAAAGGAUCCAGAAUGCCGGCGGCUCAGUCAUGAUCCAGCGAGUUAAUGGGUCCCUAGCUGUGUCUCGGGCUUUGGGAGACUUCGACUACAAGUGUGUGCACGGAAAAGGCCCAACAGAGCAGCUUGUGUCACCUGAGCCUGAAGUUUAUGCAAUAGAGAGAUGCGAGGCAGAAGAUGAAUUCAUUAUACUAGCAUGUGAUGGCAUCUGGGAUGUCAUGGCCAAUGAGGAACUGUGUGACUUUGUCAGGUCAAGGCUAGAGGUGACAGAUGAUCUUGAAAGAGUCAGCAAUGAAAUUGUUGACACCUGCUUGUACAAGGGAAGCCGUGACAAUAUGAGUGUUGUGUUAAUCUGCUUUCCUGGGGCCCCAAAGGUAUCUCCAGAAGCAGUGAAACGGGAGGCUGAGCUGGAUAAAUAUCUGGAGAGCAGAGUAGAAGAGAUCCUCAAAAAGCAAGGGGAUGAAGGUGUCCCAGACUUGGUCCAUGUUAUGCGGACGUUAGCAUCUGAGGCCAUCCCUAACCUCCCCCCUGGAGGAGAGCUGGCAAGCAAACGAAGUGUUAUUGAAGCGGUCUACAACAAACUCAACCCCUACCGAAGUGAUGACACAGACUCUGCGUCCACAGACGACAUGUGGUAACACAACCUCCUACCACUAACACAGCAUAGAGUUUACAAACCACCAUCCUCUCAAGAUCCACAGCAGCUCAGCUCAGCAGUCUGUCUCUCCGUCACUCUGAGCUUUUGGUUUCUAAGAAGGGAAUUUCAUGGGAGGAGGAGGAAGAGGAGGAGGAGGAGGAAGAGGAGGAGUUGCAUGCACACAAACCUGGAAUAGUGCAGCACCAGUCCACUCUGGAGUUCAGGAUCCCUAACGUCUUGUCUCCCCUUUUUGUUCAACCACCCUAAUAUUCUCCUCUAAAGUAAUCCAUAACAAGUCCACAAGGUCUUCUUUCUUUUUGUUAAUCAGCUUAAGUAGUAAGGUUUUUUGCUGUAAUUAAUUUGAUUCACAUUUCCUUGUGUGUGUUUGUAUAUUUCUGUUUUUGUGAAGUGCAAUUGUCCUGUACAAACAGCCUGUAUUUAAUGCAGCUUGAUUUUAAGUUAAAAAAUGAAAGAAAUGAAAAAGAGAACCUUUUAUGCACUAUCUGCCUUUUCCUGCUCUUCUGGAAUUGUAACAAAUGUCUAUUCAGUGAAUAUUUCUGCUUGUCCUCCAGGCACAAUGUCUCUGCGCUUUUACUUUUCUUUUCUUUUCUUUUUUUUUUUUCAGUUAGUCUAUUCUCCUUUAAGAAACGGGUAAAUUGUAUAGUUGACAGCACAGUAAGCUCUCUAUAUCAAACCAUUUAAAUCCUAAUUAUUUUUUUCCCUGUGCUUUUUUUAUUGUAUUUUAUUUUUGUAAGCGGUUUUCUGUACAUGCUCAAAUAAUAAUGGCAAUGGCAAAGGUGUUUCUCAGUCAUUUUGGAAGUGUGAAAAAUAUUUUUCUUUUUUUUUUUUUUUUCAUUUCUUCGAGGCAUCCGAUGAAAAAAAUACCCCUGUUAACACGUUUGUCUGUGCGAAUAGAUACUUGCAAGCGUGCGUGGGUGCUUGUGUGUAUGUAUGUGCGCACGUGUGUUAGUGUAAAGGCAGAUCUGUAUGUGCAACUCUAAUUUAAAUUUUUCUAAGGUGGUUUAAACAACAGACCAAGCUGGAGUUUAAGGGAUUUGCUUUCCCAAUGCGUACCCAUUGUCUGCCCCCUUUCUUUUUUCAGCCAGUGUUCCAUAUCAACCCAACAUAGGCGUUCACUACUUUUUAUUCCAAAAAGCUUUGGAUAACAGAGUUUACAUGCUGUUACGCUAUUUGAACAACUUCAAGCUAUAUAUCAGAACUAUACUGUAACCUGAGAUGACACAAGUAGUUCAAUUGACCCAUAGUGUGCAAUGGUUUGCAGCUAGUCAGGUCUUGACUAGUUUACACAUUUAUUGUGUCAUAUUUAAAUAUCAGUGUCUAAACGUACAUUGUUACCAGUGCCCACUGUGGGUGCCAUAUGAUUUAUAAUCACUUGUUUCAGCUUUAUUACAGCCUAUGCCAAGUUUUGCUUUUCAUGAGAUUCAGUUUUUGUAUGUGGUACAGAUAGAUUUUUUUAGCUUCUACCUUUAACAUCUGAUAAUUUGACUGAUGAACCGUUUAAGCACUGACUAUUUUAAAAGAAAAUCACCCAUUAUCAGUCUGAUGAUAGAAGAAACUGUUGACUGUAAAACUUACAAGGCUGUUUUGUUUCACACGGUCUUUUAUUUGGACAUUAAAUCUAAGAACAAUUUGGCUAACUGUAAUGAGUGCUCAUGGUUGUAUAGCACCUUUUUAUUGCCAUCAGUCUUUCUCUGCUUAAAACCCUCCCCCACCCCACCAUAAGCCAGGGCACAAUACGAUUUGCUGCUGAAGAGUUGAUGGUCUGUGGGUUGAUUUAAAACAAUAAAAAUAAAAAUCAGUUAGUUUCCCCCUCUGAAAAGAUCAAUAGUCACUGACUAAAUUUGUAUUUAACACACACAGUAGAUAUAUUUCUUGAAGAGAAAUGGUUUUAUUUCAAAUUUAUUUUCGCUAUUUUUUUUGUCUGAAAUUGCAUUGUUGGAAAUUUAUGUAUGUAUAUAUUUUUGACUUCAACUUUCAAGGAAUAAAUCAUGUCGCUUGAGUUAGUAUUUUGCCAUGGACAAAAUGUGAUUCUGGUUUGUCUUGAGAUGGUUAGUUGAAUUUGUGUUUGUUUUGGCAAACAAAGGUUUCCCUCUAUACUUUGGUGUCCCUCUGAUUAACACUGAAGAUUUGAACAGGUUAAUUUAUAUAAUAUACAAUAAAUAUGGACUAAAUUUGUAAUUCUUCAUUUCUCAAAAUGACAAUCCUAACUAUUUCACUGCAUUUAGGUUGGUGGUGGGUAGCAAAUUAUUAAAUCUUUAACAUAACAAAGACUUUAACUUAACUAAACCUAAAUUAGCUGCUCUCUAAUAUGCUUUUGUGUCAAAAUUUGUAUCAAAUUGUGUAAUUGAAAAGUCUAUAUCACAAGAAGCAACAAUAUAAAGGGAGAACCUACCUGCAAAAGUUAAAAUGUUAAGUUGUUAGAGUGAGUUUUGAAAGACUUUUAUUGUUAGCUUUUAAAGGUAUUCUGUGGAGUUUCUGACCACUGGUGGUGCUGUAGAGAAAUGUUUUAACGACUGCGUCCACACUGUACUAGCUUGAAAACAAGGAUGAACAUACAGGACAAAAACAAGAGGUGAUGUGAAUCACACUUCUGCUGACGUUGCAGAACAGUAAUGUGUAUGUCAGCAAUUGCUGUCCUGGUAACAUGGCAUAAAAAGUGAACCGGUAAAGAACGAUAAGACCGCAAGCUGACAUGUUUGUAAGGUCUUAAAGAUAGAUAGAAGAUUAAAGAUGUGUUUACAGUGAAAACUCCAUAGGGUAAACAGUCGCCCUAGAAAUGACAUGAAUAACAACAUCUCAUAACUCCGUAGAUUUCCUGUGUUGACUCAAUACAGUUAACAUGUCAAGUAGGGAAAUUUAUUUUGUUGUGAGUUUUUGCAUGAAAAUGCGUUUUAUUGAAUAUUCCUUCCUAUCAAAAAGCUCAAUUGCAACAAACAGCAGUACAUAGAAACAUAAUGUAAUUUACAUCUUUUUGGUUUAAAAUUACAUUACUGUAUUUAUACCACAAUACUAACUAAUAUUUGUAUACCUACUAAUGAAAACCCUUCACAUGAGUUUAUUUGGUUUGCUCAAAAAUGCCUUUUUUUUCCUUUAGUUUUUAUUUCAACUGUACUGUAAGCUGUUUAAUUUUGCGCUGCAUUGCUUGUAUACAUUAUGUAAGUGCACUAAAUGGCUCUUUUAUCAAACAGUUUUCCGCUUGCGGCUGCUUGUUGCAGACAUGGUAGGUGUUGAGGACUCUUAAAGCAACAUUUCCUUCAAGCUUAAUAAGGAACAAACAAUAUUUCUUUGCAUCUCGAGUUAAUUGAUAUGCCCUCCUCCCUGGACUGUCUUGCAUUGCCACAGAAAUUAAAACAAUUCAGGAUGUGGUCCUUAAAUGAUGCUGGUUAUUUACCCAUUUCAAUAAGCAACUUUAUUCCACUGAAGGAAAACUAUAGAAAUUAGCUUUGUACUACUCAAAAUUGCUGUAGCUGGAAUGUUAGCAGAUAUUAACAGUGGCUUGGAUGUGGUUUGUGACAUCUGGGUGUUUCACCUAAUUAUGUAAAAAAGAAACCUUUAUCCCUCUUAGUCCCCCAUCCCCAAACAGAACCUGACCCCAAGCAUCUAUUCUUCUUGUUUUAAUUUUCAAGAACUGAAAUACCUCAUAACAUUUAUAGGAAGUGUUUUUGUCUCGUGUAAUGUAGAUCCAAACUGUUCACAUAGCAGUUCAUGUGUGGAGACUUAAAUGAAAGCAGUUUUCUUGUGGCUCUCCCCUAGAACUUAUGAUUUUAACACUGAUCUAUUUGAGUGGGAUAAGCCUGUGCUAAUGUACAGUAUUUGACUGAAUUGUGCUGAUGUUGAGAAAACAAGUAAUGAUUUAAGUGGCUACUGCAAAUGACAACUUAUUUCUAGUGACUAGGAACACUAUUGGCCUUGUCGUAUAAGCUGACCCCCUCACCACCUCUCAAACGAUGCCCUCAAAUGCUCACCUGUGUUAUUUUCACCAAUUUGUCCACUUAUGUGAUGCUCACUUAGCUCAAAUCUAGAAUUGUAUCGAGAGUUCAGGGUUUUAGAAAUGUGAGAUGUGGGACUAAAUGACAAUAGUCAUAUGCACUGAUCAUCUGUAUAAUCAGCUUUUUUUCCAGAAAAUUGUUAUUGUAGAAAAAAAAGAUUAUAAAGCUAUUUACAGAGUUACCUUUGGUUGCCUGGAAUGCAUCCUGUAUAUUCUUGUACGGAGGACUACCUGGCAGAAGUUGAAGAGAUUUUAAAUGCUUGCGCCCUCUUGUACAUAUUGUUGUACCUCGGUUGUGGCGUUUACUGAGUGACCCUUAGCAGUGGUGGUUUAUUUGUCCCCUCACAGGACGACCUGAGCCUCACUUUGCUGAGCUUUUUCAGCUCAUAAAUAAGCUCACCGAUUUGCCUUACCCAGUCUCAUGUUGCCCCCCUAAAGUACUUGUUCAACUAAACACUAUGAGGAGUGAUGCUGCUGACAUUACACUCUUAUAGAUUAAAAACUGUCCCCAUGUUAGGGUACUUAAGCUAUCAACAAAGUGACUUUGUCCUGGUUGUCACAAGGUACAACUUUUCAACCAUCGCUUGUUUGUAUGCUUUUUUGUUUUGUUUGUUUUUUUCAUGCUACUUCAUUGAAUCUCAGUCUUGAAAGCUUAUUUAAUUUUUCACUGCAGAUGAUGUCAUACUUUUAACAAAUGCAAGUGUUUUAACAUGGUAACCUCGUAAGCAUUCAAAAUGUGCAUACAUACAUUCAUGUCUGCUAUAUUUAUGGUUACAUUCAAGAAUAGCUUUAGAGUGCUGUAGAUAUUGUCAAUGUUGAUUCAAAUGCUUCUCAGAGGCCUCUGUGAGUGAUUUUACAAAGUUCAAUAACUGUAUAUUUUGUAUUAUGUUCUAGCUCUAAAGGAAUGGCAGAAAAAAAAAGAAAAUGUUUAAAAAAGCUUUGUUCCCUGAACUAAAUUGUACUAUUUGUGUUGUCGAUUGAACAAAUUGCAUUCCUUGCUUGUGAAUUGAUGCAUUUCUCUUCCUGCCCCUUAAAUUUUCUCCCCUUCUUUCCCUCCUUUCUUUCAUUUUUUAGCCUUUGAAGUUUGAAUAAAAUUUCUAGUUUGCAGAAUGUAUUACUAAAUAAAUGGGUUGUCAUCUUGUA